UUUCUGCCGGUAACAACGGCUCCGUGCGGUGCUGAGCUGGACCCGCACUAACAACAUGGAGCCUGGGGCCCCGGACAUCAGGAACAUGUCUACCGCGGAGAUCCUGAGAGGGAUCGUCGCAGAGAAACUGACAACAGCCGCGCAGGAAAUCGUAGCGGUUGUGGAGAGAACCGUAGCCGGGUACGAGGAGGAGGCUUCGGGUCUGAGGCAGGAGAUCGACCGGCAGAGGAGGCAGCUGGAGGCGGUGCUGCAGCUUGAGAUCAAACUAGAGCCAGCAGAUGACCAGUUUCCUGUCUGUGGGCCGGCUGCUGGAGGAGGUCAACUCCCUGCAGAGGAGGCGCAGCAUAAAAAUUACCAGAGUAUGGGAGACAGUGGGAGCAUGGGUCUCCAGUGCUACACUGAGGCACACAUGGAGGAAGAUGAGGAGGAGGAUCAGGAUCAGGAACAUCUCUCAGAACCGGAUAAUGAAGAAGCUUCAAGGUCAUUGACUCCCACACUUCAGUCUGACAGGAGGGCUGGCAGACCUCAGAUAAGUGAAUCACAGGACCACGUAGACCUCAGGAUCUGCAUCCUGGAGGACUCUCGGAUCAAAGUGCUCUCAGUCCACAUGUAUCAGAAGUACCCGGUGCAUGAGAUGAGAUGUCCUCGUGGCCUGCAGGAGGCGGACUUCCUGGACCUGCUGAGGUCGACCUUCCCUCAGCUGGCCGCUCAUAAACCUUUUGAUGUCUUCAUAUGUCAAAAAAACAAAAAACUCCAGCCUCUGAAAGUAAAGACGCUGACACCAGAGGAGAUCUGCCAGAGCAUCAGUUUUACUGGUAGAUCAGCCAUCUACAUCCGCCUGAAGAGCACGUCAUUUGAGAACCAAGCUGAGGAACUAACGUCCACUGAUGAAGAGUUUCAUCCAUCACAUAGAAACGAUGUUGCUGCUCAUUCUCCAUCCACUCCUGAUCAAACCAGUUUAUUGUCGCCUAGAGUUCAGUCUGACAGGAGUAGGUCCAGCAGACCUCAGAUCAAUGUACCCCAGAACCUCAUAGAUCUCAGGAUCUGCAUCCUGGACUCUCAUAUCGAUGUACUUUCAUCCAGAGUAUAUAAGAAGUACCCGGUGCUGCUGCUGCAGUGUCCUGGAGGCCUGCAGGAGGCGGAUUUCCUGGACCUGCUGAGGUCCACCUUCCCUCAGCUGGUUGCUCAGAAAGAUUUUGACUUUUUCACAACUGAUUUGAAGAAGAAACUCCAGCCUCUGAAAGUAAAGACGCUGACACCAGAGGAGAUUUUCAGGAGCAUCAGUUCCACUGGGCGUUCAGCUCUCUACAUUCGCCUGAAGAACACGUCACUUGAGUACCAAGCUGAAGAACUAAAGUCCACUGAUGAAGAGUUUCAUCCAUCACAGAGAAACGAUGCUGCUGCUGAUUCUCCGUCCUCUCCUGAUCAAACUAGUUUAUUGUUUCCCCGGGUUCAGUCUGACAGGAGUAGGUCCAGCAUUCCUUGGAUCAGUGAACCACAGAACCACGUAGAUCUCAGGAUCUGCAUCCUGGACUCUCAGAUCGAUGUGCUUUCAACCAAAGUGUAUAGGAAGUACCCAGUGAUGGAGUUGCAGUGUCGUGGUGGCCUGCAGGAGGCAGAUUUUCUGGACCUACUGAGAUCAACCUUCCCUCAGCUGGCUGCUCAGAAAGAUUUUGACUUCUUCACAGCUGAUUUGAAGAAGAAACUCCGGCCUUUGAAAGUAAAGACACUGACACCAGAGGAGAUCUGGAGGAUCGUCGGUUCCACUGGGAGUUCAGCCAUAUACAUCCGACCCAAGAACACGUCAUUUGGGAAACAAGGUGAGGAACUAAUGUCCACUGAUGAAGAGUUUCAUCCAUCACAGAAAAACGAUGCUGCUGCGGAUUCUCCAUCCACUCCUGAUCAAACCAGUUUGUUGUUGCCCAGAGUUCAGUCUGACAGGAAAAGGUCCAGCAAACCUCAGAUCAAUGAACCCCCGAACCACGUAGAUCUCAGGAUCUGCAUCCUGGACUCAGAGAUCAAUGUGCUCUCAAUUAACGUGUAUAAGAAGUAUCCAGUGCAGCGAGUGCAGUGUCCUGGUGGCCUGCAUGAAGCGGAUUUUCUGGACCUACUGAGAUCCACCUUCCCUAAGCUGGCUGAUCAGAAAGAUUUUGACUUCUUCACAACUGAUAGGAAGAAGAAACUUGAGCCUCUGAAAGUAGAGACGCUGACACCAAAGGAGAUCUGGAGGACCAUCAGUUCAACUGGGUAUUCAGCCCUCUACAUCCGCCUGAAGCAGUCUGAGGAAGUCGAGGCCAGAGUGAAAGAGCCACAGACAAAAGGUGCUGCGUUCAAAGUUCAGCUUCACAGGAGAAGGUCACGCAUACGUCGGUCCAGUGAACUACAGAACCACAUCGAUCUCAGGAUCUGCAUUGUGGAGGACCCUCAGCUCGAAGCGCUCUCAGCCAGAGUAUAUAAGAAGUACCCGGUGCUGCUGCUGCAGUGUCCUCGUGGCCUACAGGAGGCGGACUUCCUGGACCUGCUGAGGUCCACCUUCCCUCAGCUGGCUGGUCAGAAACAUUUUGACUUCUUCACAACUGAUUUGAAGAAGAGACUCCAUCAUCUGAAAGUAAAGAUACUGACACCAGAGGAGAUCUGCAGCACUAUCAGUUCCGCUGGGCAUUCAGCCCUCUACAUCCGCCUGAAGCCUCCUGCGCAAGUGAAGACCAGAGAGAAAGUGCCACAGAGAAAAGAUGCUGCUACAGAUUCUCCGUCCACAGAUCAAACCAGCCUGAACACAAGAGAUCAGUCUGACAGCAGUAGGUCCGGCAGACCUCAGGACAGUGAACCACAGAAACACGUAGAUCUUAGGAUCUGCGUCCUGGAGGACUCGCAGCUCGAUGUGCUCUCAACCAGAGUGUAUAGGAAGUACCCGGUGCUGGAGCUGCAGUUUCCUGGUGGCCUUCAGGAGUUGGACUUCCUGGACCUGCUGAGGUCCACCUUCCCUCAGCUGGCUGCUCAGAAACACUUUGACUUCUUCACAACUGAUCUGAAGAAGAAACUCCAGCCUCUGAAAGUAGAGAUGCUGACGCCAGAGGAGAUCAGCAGGAGCAUCCGGCAUUCAGCCCUCUACAUCCGACUGAAGGCACAAGAGGAAGUCCGGUCCAAUAAGGAAGAGCUUCGUCAUGCUGAUGCUGCUAAAGAUUCUUCAUCUACUGAUCAAACCAGCCUGAACACAAGCAGCUCAAGGCAUGAAGACCAUGAAGACAUGGAAACAGAGGACACUGAUGAAGAUGAAGAUGGUGGAAGAUCAGAGUCAGCUGGCCUGCCGGUUCUCUCUGAGGGCGCAGGGGACGGAGAUGAUCUGAGUGACGACGACCGGAAACAAGACACAAGUGAGAAACAUCUGAGGGAGAGUGAACCUGAGAAGACGACGAGGAAGAAACGAGUCAAAACAAAGAGAAGGAAACGGAUGAAGGCGUCGACUGAUAAGAGUGACGCUUUUCUGUCCUGUAAAGUCUGCCGAGCUCCGCGCACCUCAAGGAACAUGUUGAUUAAACACGCCUGGCGUCAUGUGGACGAUCCAGAAAGGCUCUGUGGAGUGUGUGGAGAACAAGCAGAGUCUGUAGAGGAGCUGAGGAGUCAUCUUCAGAGUCACCAGAAAACACACCGCUGCAACGUCUGUGGAAAGUCUUUCCUCUCCACCCACGGCCUCUCCGGACACGUCGCUCGACACAAAGGGAAGAAACCGUACGAAUGUAACAUUUGCCACAAAUCGUACGCUCAGAAUUGGGUGCUAAACCAUCACAAGUGGGUCCAUGAGGCGGACAGGCCUCACAAAUGUGACAUUUGCCAAAAAUCAUUUUAUUCAAAGAUGGUGCUGAAACGUCACAAGGUGAGCCACACGGGUGAGACGCUGCACCGCUGUGAAACCUGCGGGAAAUCCCUCAGCAGUCUUGUAUCUUUAUCCCAACACAUUUUGAGGCAUUCUGCGAAAAAAGCAGAGUUCGCUUGUGAAAUCUGCAGCCGCAGAUUUAAUACAAAUCAGAAGUUAAAGAUGCACAGGAGGAGCCACUGCAAAGAGGAGCCGCACGUUUGCAGCAAAUGCAGCAAAGGAUUCUCCAGCAGCUCCAUGCUGGCGGCUCACAUGAGGGUCCACACCGGGGAGAAACCGUACAAGUGCUCUGUCUGCGACAUGGCCUUCAGUCACAAGCACUGUAUGAAAAGACACAUGACUACGCACCCCGUCGGAUCAGACUUAUGCAAGACUGAAGCUCAGAAUCUAUCUGACAGAAUUAACGGAGCUAAAAGUGUUGAACCUGUCCUGUGAUUUCAGAUUAUCUUUCUUUGCACAAACUGUUUUGUUGUUAAACAUGUUGAAAAGACUGGCAGUGCGUGAUGCUACUUAAAAAAGUAAGUUGGCUAUGAUCUAAAUUUUGUCACAAAAUCCCCUAAAGACUCAAACCAACAAGAAUCUUAACACGCUGUUUCAGGAAUAACGGGUGGAAAUGGUUGAUCGUAAAUGUUUAUUUACAGAAAUUAGAGUUACCAUUUCAAGUGCACAAAAAAGUGCUUCAGUAUUUUUAUAAAAAAGAAAAAUGUACAACAUCAAAGGUUUGAUGGAAAACAAUCUUAAGGAAAGUUAAUGGACAAUUUUACAUAGAAAUCUUGAGAUAAUUUUACUGUGAAUUGUUAGAAUGUAUUUCCUUUUAUUAAUGGCAUGUUUUAUUAAAUGUAGGACUUUUACCAGCUAAUGUUUCAAAACACAGGAAUAAUGCGUGCGUGGGAGUUGUUUAUUCUGAUGUUUGUUAACCAAUGAAGGUUGAGGUCAAGGGCAACUGGACCUUGUAGAAGAAAAACUAGAAGACGUUUCGUCCCUCAUACAGGAGACUUCUUCGGUUCUGACUGACAGGUAGGGAAACUAAGCUAUUUAACCUCAGUGGGAUCGUUAGCUAGGAUCGUCGAUACCGCUGGUUCGUUAGUGUUCCUGACUGUGGUAACGACAGUCGUCAUGGCCAAGACUGAACGA